AUGGCGAAUUACCUACUUAGGUUCUAUCAUCCCCCCACCCUUAAGAAUGACCUUGGCCUCAAGGUCAAGAUGGGGAAACUGCUCCUGCAACUUACUGAAGUCUUCCCAAGUGGCAUCUUCUGUGGGCAGGCCAAGUAUACCACUGAUUUUGUUUCUCGUGUAGGACUCACUGAUACUAAGACUGUUAACACUCCGGUUGAGCCUAAUGCCCAUUUUUCAACCACUGAUGGUACUCCUCUUAGUGACUGCACCUUAUAUCGGCAACUAGUUGGCAGUCUUAUAUACCUUACUGUUACUCAUCCUGAUAUUGCGUAUGUUGUCCAUAUUGUGAGUCAGUUCAUGUCUGCCCCUCGCACUACUCAUUAUGCUACUAUGCUUCGUAUCAUCCGUUAUGUCAAGGGCACUUUGUUUCAUAGACUUCACUACUCCAGUUAUUUCUCUCUUCAUUUGAUCGCAUAUUCUGAUGUUGAUUGGGCCGGUGAUCCUACUGAUAGACGCUCCACUACUGGUUAUUGUUUCUUUCUUGGAGAUUCUCUUAUAUCUUGGUGUAGUAAUAAGCAAACGGUUGUCUCUCGUUCCAGUACUGAAGCUGAAUAUCGAGUUCUUGCUGACACUACCUCCGAGCUAUUAUGGUUACGAUGGUUACUCCAUGACAUGGGAAUUACUCAUUCAUCUGCAACCCCUCUUUAUUGUGACAAUCGUAGCGCCAUACAAAUUGCCCACAAUGAUGUAUUUCAUGAGCGCACUAAGCAUAUUGAGACUGAUUGUCACUUUAUUCGUCAUCAUGUGCUCGAGGGUACUGUUCGCCUUAUUCCUGUCCCUUCCCAUGAUCAGUCUGUAGAUAUAUUUACCAAAGCUCACUCUCCUCUUCGCUUUCGUGUUCUAGUUGGCAAACUCCAGAUGACUGAUGCAUUACUAUUUUGA